GUCUGUCUGUCUGUCUUGCAGAUCCGCCCGCUCCCAAGAGCUUCGCUUCUCUCUCUCUACCUCAUUUCCUUCCUCUCCCUCUCUCUCUCUCUUUCUUGGUCAUCGGCUCCUCCAUCACUUCUCGUUGGCCGUAUUCAGGGUGACACCUCACUCCGCUUAUCAUGGCUGACGCGUCAGGAAAUGCGCUGAAGCGCCCUCACCCCGAAGAUGACCAAGAUAACAUUCAAAAAAGACCCCGUUCCAAUCAUGGCUCUCCCGCGCCCGCCAAAGCAGCGCCUGCCGCGGGCAAGCUGGACAUUGAAAAGAUGGUCGCAGAGGCCAGGGCAAAAGCAGAAGCAGUACGUGCUCGCCUGCAAGCCGCGAAGGGCAUAGUCCCGUCUCCCUCGCCAGCCGCUUCAAGUCCGAGUCCAACACCUCCCGCGGCCAGCCCGGCAAUGUCCAGGCUAGAACAGAUGAAGGCCCGAGUCGCUGCUGCUACCGGACGAGCCACCGCGACCGCCCAGCAACGAAUUGUCCCUACGCCUGCUCCCCAAGCUCCUACGCCACCUCCGCCGCCGCCUCCUUUCGAAGACGAAGAUGAUGGCUCGUCACGGGCUCGCGGUGGUCUCGAUGUCGGUCUCCACCCCGCCCUGCUAUCGGAUACCCUUGAGUUCAGAGGUGGUAAAGGGCGGCAAUCCAUGCAGUCGAAAGGCCGUCGGACUGAGUCUCCGGCUACGGCCGGCCGGCCUGAUCGAGCCGGUCUUGAUCUUUCGGGCCCGUCGUUGGAGGAGAUCAAGAACAACCCAUACUUCGACCCGAGCCUCGGUCCCAAGGCUACAAUUGCGAAGCCUCGACAAUCCCGGCAGCUCAUCUUCAACCAGAAGGGCAAGUACAUACAGCAGGCGGCCGCUCUACGGCGGCAGGCUCAGCUGGAGGCUAUGAAGAAGCGGAUCGCAGAAAGAGCGCGACAGGCCGGUAUCGACGAAGACUUGGACGUUGAGAAGGGUUUCCUGGUACCCGCGCCUCCAGCGAUCGAAUGGUGGGAUGAAGGGUUGGUCGAUGGGGAGGACUACGCGGCUAUCGAGGACGAGCAGAAGCUCAAGAUUGACACCCCCGACACGAUCAUCACGCGAUACGUCCAGCAUCCUGUCCUUCUCGACCCUCCCCAGGAGAAAUUCUUACCACAACAAAAACCCAUGUACCUCACGCCGAAGGAGCAGGCCAAGAUCCGUCGCCAGCGACGAAUGGCAGAUUUGAAGGAGCAACAGGCGAAGAUCCGGCUGGGUCUGGAGCCGGCGCCGCCGCCCAAGGUCAAGAAGUCGAACUUGAUGCGGGUGCUCGGCGAGCAGGCAGUCAAAGACCCCACCGCUGUUGAGGCGCGCGUCAAUCGAGAGAUUGCCGAGCGCAAGGACAAGCACGAGGCGGCCAACGCUGAGCGCAAAUUGACCAAGGAUGAGAGACGCGAGAAGCUCGCGCGGCAGCAAGAGGCUGAUGCGGAGCGUGGUGUGCUGAUGUCGGUCUAUCGUAUCGAUACGCUCGCCAAUGGACGACACCGCUUCAAGAUCAGCAAGAAUGCCGAACAAAAUGCCCUCACGGGGGUCUGUGUCAUGCACCCUCGAUUCAACCUGGUCAUUGUUGAGGGCGGUGCUCAUUCGAUCAACAACUACAGAAAACUGAUGAUUAACCGCAUUGACUGGACGGAAAAUGCGGGCCCCGGAGCGGUGCGAGAGGGCAAUCGCGAGGCUCAGGCGUCAUGGCUAGCCGCCGAGGACGAGCAGACCGGAGAGCUGAAAGAUUUAAGCCAUAAUACUUGCGAGCUGCUGUGGGAGGGUCAGGUCAAAGCCCGAGCAUUCCGGAAGUGGUUGGGUGCGCGUGUUUGCGAAACUGAUUCCCAAGCGAAGGACGUCUUGGCUCGAGCGAAGCUGGAGAGCUUUUGGGCGUUGGCAAAGAGCGCCAAGCAGAGCGAGUCGUAAGUAUUUCGUGGUCUUCGAGCAGUACCAUGCCACGAUCAUUACGGGAUCGGUGGUGAUUUACCAUAAGAUGCUACGCCAGUGACGUGUAUAAUUAGAACUCAUAACUUACUCAUGAUAUUCGGACUGAACCAGUCUGCACACUGUACAUAUUCAGAGACGCUACAUGUUGACCGGUAAACGGAAGUUGAAAACUUUUGAUUACCCAUGCCAUGAAAAGAAUGCCCAAG